GAAUUUUCAUUCUUUGAGUCUACUGUCUGCUGCUAAUGUUUUUCUUUUUGUAGUUUGGAUCUUGAUCACACUAUGUCUCGAUUAUGACACUGAUUUAUAGUUGCAUAUUUUUAUUUCAUGAUAAAAAUCAAUUCUAUAAAUGCUCUGCUGAUUCUUUACAACUAUUCAAUAAUUCACGAGAAUAUGAAAAUAAAGUGUUUUCUAAAAUAUCAACAAAUAUCACGAUUAUUAUGAUUGCAAUUAAAUUAUUAUAAAAUAUCACAAUAGUAAAUACUUAAGUCUCUCUUAACAAAUACUUAUGUUUUUAAGUACAACAAGUCAUAUUUCUCCUCUAUGUAAAAUUGCACGUAAAAGAGAUCUACCAUCUAUGAUCAAAAAACGUGGAAAUCUAAUCUGUAUUGCGCAUGCAAGGUAUAAGUAUCAUAAUUUGAAUAGUUUUCUGCGCAUCUGCCGAUUCCUACAUGAAUCUAAAUGUAUGAUUCUGCAAUCAUUGAAAUAACUGUUAUUCCAUGCUAAAUUCGAUAUUAUAUAUUUUAUAAACGCACGCGCAAUGUAGAGGAUGCAAUUUUAUCGAAGGCAUACAGUAAUGUUCAUGAAUUGUCAACCAUCGGAAAGAAAUAAUGGAAACAAAGUACGUGGAAAAAGAUUUGAAGCAAGCGUUCUACGCGCAACCAUUCUUGAAAAUAAUCGGUGCUUGGCCAAACGCUAUCAAAUCUCCUUUGAGCUCGAAAAUACAGAAAUGGUUUAUAAUUUCUUUCUUCCUUUGCUUGCAAAUAUGUAUCGUGACUCCGUGCAUUUUCGAGGCGCUCCUGAAAGAAAAGAAUGCAAAGAGAAAAAUACAUCUGUUCAUGCUGGCCACCAAUACCGUGAAUCAGGUGUUCAAGUACGUGAUCACGCUGAAUAGAUCGAGCGAGUUGAAGAUAGCUAUACGCGAGAUGAAAAACGAUUGGUUGAAUGCCACGCCCGAAAAUCGAUAUAUCUUUAUCACGAAUUCGAAGAUCGGUCAACGAAUAAUGUUGAUAAUAGUUGUCACCAUGUACGCCAGCGGUCUCGGUUAUCGAAUGGUUCUUCCACUUUUGAAGGGGAAAAUUAUUCUGCCGAAUAACGUUACCAUAAGACUACUCCCCUGUCCAACUUACUUUACCUUUUUUAACGAAUUAGUUAGCCCAUACUACGAGAUGAUCUUUAUACUGCAACUUCUGGCUGGAUGUUUCAUUUAUACAGUUCUCAGUGGCACCAUCGGAAUUUCCUUGAUGCUUUCUCUCCAUAUGUGUAGUUUAUUGAAGAUUUUAUCGAAAAAAUUGGUCGAUCUCGCGGAUGGAUCGAUUACCAACGAGAAUAUCAUGCAAGAGAAGUUUGUGGAUAUCGUGGAAUAUCAAACGAAGAUCAAAAGAUUUUUGAAUAAUACAGAAUUGAUCACGCAAUAUUUUUGUUUCUACGACAUCAGCUUCAACACGUGUCUUAUAUGUUUCGUAGGAUAUUGCAUUAUUCUGGAAUUGGAAAAUCAUAAUAUCGUUGCUAUAGUGGUGCAUUUUAUGCUAUUAGGGACCUGUAUUUUUGUUACAUACAUAGUCUGUUAUAUUGGUCAACUACUCCUCGACGAAAGCAAUAAUUUGGCAAAAACAUGCAUCACGUUAAACUGGUAUCAUUUUCCGGCAAGGAAGGCUCGAUUUUUGAUAUUGAUGAUUAUUAUGUCCAAUUACCCUGUAAAACUGACAGCGGCCAAAGUGGUGGACGUAUCUUUGACCACCUUCACCGAUAUCAUGAAGGCAGCAAUGGGUUAUUUAAAUAUGCUACGAGAAGUUACCUAAUCCUUCGUGUUAUCUAUAGGAAUUCGUAAAAUAGAGUAUGAUUAGAGACAUAGAAAUAUUCUCGGUAGCAAUACUUAUUAAUCGAUACAUA